AUUUUAGCUCAUUAUAUAGCUGCUGCCGCCAUAUCUUUAAUUCCGAUUUUGGCAAUGGGAGAAACUGCUAAGCUUCCUAUUAUGGAGGAGGAAGAAGAAUCUGUGGAGAAAACCUUCAAGGAUUUGGGAGUAAACGAUCAAUUGAUAGAGGCCUGCGAAGCUCUUGGUUGGAAAAACCCUAGUAAAAUACAGUGUGAGGCUAUUCCUCUUGCUUUAGAAGGUAAAGAUGUAAUCGGGCUCGCCCAAACCGGGUCGGGCAAAACCGGCGCCUUCGCGAUUCCAAUCAUACAAUCGCUCCUCGAAGCUCCGCAGGCGUUUUUUGCUUGCGUGCUGUCACCAACUCGCGAGCUAGCCAUUCAAAUAGCCGAGCAAUUUGAAGCAUUGGGUGCUGGAAUUGGCCUCAAAUGUGCUGUGCUUGUGGGAGGUGUGGACCAAGUACAGCAGAGUAUUGCCCUUGGAAAGCGGCCGCACAUUGUUGCGGCUACGCCUGGACGUUUAAUCGAUCAUCUUACUAACACCAAAGGAUUCUCUCUACGUACGCUGAAAUACUUGGUACUAGAUGAAGCAGAUAGAUUGCUCAAUGAGGAUUUUGAGAAAUCGCUCGAUCAAAUAUUGUGUGAAAUUCCUCGUGACAGGAGGACGUUUUUGUUUUCUGCUACAAUGACCAAUAAGGUGAAAAAGCUACAAAGAGCUUGUCUGAAAAAUCCUGUAAAGAUUGAAGCUGCAUCCAAAUAUUCAACUGUUGAUACAUUGAAGCAACAGUAUACCUUUGUUCCUGCAAAGUACAAGGAAUGCUAUCUUGUAUAUAUAUUGACUGAGUUGACGGGAAGCACGUCCAUGGUUUUUACUCGAACAUGUGAUGCAACUACACUCUUGGCAUAUAUUCUUCGUAAUCUUGGCUUCAAAGCUAUUCCGAUUAAUGGCCACAUGACACAGUCGAAAAGGCUUGGAGCCUUAAAUAAGUUCAAGGCUGGAGAAUGCAACAUUCUUAUCUGCACUGAUGUUGCUAGCAGAGGACUGGAUAUUCCAUCGGUGGAUGUGGUUAUUAACUAUGAUAUUCCAACAAACUCAAAGGAUUACAUACAUCGGGUUGGAAGAACUGCUCGUGCAGGACGGUCAGGGGUUGCCGUAUCCAUUGUGAAUCAAUAUGAGGUGGAAUGGUACUUUCAGAUAGAGAAGCUUAUAGGUAAAAAACUGCCAGAGUACCCUGCCGAGCAGGAAGAGGUUUUGUUACUAUUGGAGCGUGUUGCAGAGGCGAAAAGAAUAUCUCAAAUGAAAAUGAAGGAAGCUGGGGGCAAUAAGCGGAGAAGAGGAGGCGACGAUGACGGUGAAGAAGACAUGAGUAAAUACUUGAACCAAAAUAAAGGAAAAUCAGGUGGUAAAGGAAAACCAGGAAAGAAAGGCAGAAGAUGAUAGAGGAAUUUGUAUUAAAUUUUGUAUUUUGCGUGGAAAUUCAUGCGAUAUGGCUCGUGAGUGUUUCCUUUUUAAAAUUAAUUUUGUUUUAGGACUUUAGUGUUGAGGAUUAUAACUAUGUAUGUUAAGUUUUUUCCAAAAUGGUAGACAUAUUUAUUGAAGAAAAAUUUUCAUACCA